AUGUAUUCAGAAAGUUUGUUUUUGGCAACAGUCCAUGAUCAUGGCCCUAAUCGAUGUUGGGCACAGACAUGUGCACCUGGAUAUGUUGCAGGUCCAGGUGGUUGUCUUACAGGUUAUUCAACUAAUCUUAAAACUUAUGUUUGUCGUCAUCCAGAUGCAACUUAUGAUUAUACAGUUAUAGCAUCUAGUACUGCUCCUGCUACAUGUCCUGGAGGAUUUACAGUUCAAUAUGAAAGAUCUAUAACAAAUUCUAGAAUAGUUACUGUUUCAUAUUGCCAGAUGAAUGAUGAGCUACCUAUUGCUAGAAGUUUUAUAGCAAUUGAUAAUGGAGAGGGAAAUGAUUGUCCAUUCGGUGAAAAGGUGUUGGCUGAUGGUCCCCUAGACUAUCUCAAUUAUCCUCAGUACAGAUAUCUCAUCAUUGAGACUUGUAACAAUGCAUUCGGACAACCUCGAACCACCAUGGGAAUCUUGCCAACCGAAUCAAUGUGUGGUGCCAAUCUCUACCAAAGAUCAGUGUAUGAUAUGGGUCUGUUGUAUUCGUGUCCAGCUAUUUGUCAGAAUGGUGGUACUUGUAACAAUGGUAUAUGUACUUGCACUCCCCAAUGGACCGGUUCAGACUGCACUACAGAUGUCAAUGAAUGUCUUACACUCAAUGGUGGGUGCAGUCAGACUUGUACCAAUACUCAAGGUGGUCGCACUUGUUCAUGUCUUCCAGGGUAUACAUCGGCUAAUGGUGGUGUCACUUGUACCGACGUAAACGAAUGUCUCACCGGCAAUGGAGGGUGCAGUCAAACUUGUGCCAAUACACCGGGUAGUCGUACAUGUUCAUGUCUACCCGGAUAUACAUCAAGUGACGGUGGAGUAACAUGUACCGAUGUCAAUGAAUGUCUAACUGGAAAUGGUGGUUGCGCACAAACCUGUGCCAAUACACCGGGUAGUCGUACUUGUUCCUGUUUGCCCGGAUAUACAACUAGUGAUGGUGGAUUGACCUGUACCGAUGUCAAUGAAUGUCUCACUGGCAAUGGUGGUUGUUCACAGACCUGUGCCAAUACACCAGGUAGUCGAACCUGUUCAUGUUUGCCUGGAUAUACAUCGUCUGAUGGUGGAGUUACGUGUACCGAUGUCAACGAAUGUCUCACUGGUAAUGGUGGUUGUGCACAAACCUGUGCCAAUACGCCGGGUAGUCGUACUUGUUCCUGUCUCCCAGGAUAUACAACCAGUGAUGGUGGGUUGACCUGUACUGAUGUCAACGAAUGUCUUACUGGUAAUGGUGGUUGUGCACAAACCUGUGCCAAUACACCGGGUAGUCGUACAUGUUCCUGUCUCCCAGGAUAUACAACAAGUGAUGGUGGAUUGACUUGUACCGAUGUCAAUGAAUGUCUCACUGGCAAUGGUGGCUGUUCACAAACCUGUACCAAUACACCUGGUAGUCGUACUUGUUCAUGUCUCGCUGGGUAUUCAUCGGCUGAUGGUGGUGUAACAUGUACCGAUGUCAAUGAAUGUCUCACUGGCAAUGGUGGUUGUGAUCAAACCUGUACCAAUACACCGGGUAGUCGAACCUGUUCCUGUGGUACUGGAUACACAACAAGUGAUGCUGGAGUAACAUGUCAAGAUAUUAAUGAAUGUCUCACAGCAAAUGGAGGAUGUAAUCAAACAUGUACCAACAUUCCAGGUAGCCGUACGUGUUCUUGUUUAACAGGAUACACAACAAGUGACAACGGUUUAACUUGUACUGAUGUCAACGAAUGUCUCACUGCCAACGGUGGAUGUUCUCAAACUUGUACCAAUAUUCCUGGUGGUCGUACAUGCUCUUGUCUACCAGGGUAUUCAUCGGCUAAUGGUGGUGUCACCUGUACCGACGUUAAUGAAUGUCUUACUGGCAAUGGUGGCUGUGAUCAAACUUGUACAAAUACACCAGGUAGUCGUACUUGUUCUUGUGGCACUGGAUACACAACAAGUGAUGGUGGAGUAACAUGUACCGAUGUCAACGAAUGUCUCACUGGAAAUGGUGGGUGCGCACAAACUUGUGCCAACAUUCCAGGUGGCCGUACUUGUUCAUGUCUCGCUGGAUACUCGACUAGUGACAAUGGAUUGACUUGUACCGACGUCAAUGAAUGUCUCACUGGCAAUGGUGGUUGCGCACAAACCUGUACCAACACUCAGGGUGGCCGUACUUGUUCAUGUGGCACUGGAUACACAACAAGUGAUGCUGGAGUAACAUGUCAAGAUAUAAACGAAUGUCUCACUGGUAAUGGUGGAUGUGCACAAACUUGUAACAACAUUCCAGGUGGUCGUACAUGCUCUUGUCUCACUGGAUACACAACAAGUGAUAAUGGAUUAACUUGUACCGACGUUAAUGAAUGUCUCACUGGUAAUGGUGGCUGUUCACAGACCUGUACCAAUACACCUGGUAGUCGCACUUGUUCUUGUCUCACUGGGUAUUCAUCGACCAAUGGUGGAGUUACAUGUACCGACGUUAAUGAAUGUCUCACCGCCAAUGGUGGAUGUCCACAAGAGUGUGAGAAUACACCAGGUAACCAUCAAUGCCAUUGUUUCCCAGGAUAUACAACACCUGAUAAUGGAUUAACUUGUAAUGACGUUAAUGAAUGUCUUACUGGCAAUGGUGGCUGUGAUCAAACUUGUACAAAUACACCAGGUAGUCGUACUUGUUCAUGUGGUACUGGAUAUACAACAAGUGAUGCUGGAGUAACAUGUCAAGAUAUAAAUGAAUGCCUCACUGGAAAUGGAGGGUGUAAUCAAACCUGUAUAAACAAUCCAGGUGAUCGAUCAUGUUCAUGUCUCGCUGGAUAUACAACACCUGAUAAUGGAUUGACUUGUACCGAUGUCAAUGAAUGCCUUACUGGCAAUGGUGGAUGUGAAUAUACUUGUAACAAUACUGCCGGUGACUAUGAAUGUUCGUGUCCACCUGGAACUGUACUAUCACCAGAUGGGUUACAUUGUCAAUUGCCACCACCAUUCAUUCAAUCAACCACCCCUGUAUUUAUCAAUGGUGGAUUGCUGACAAUCGAUGGAACAUUCCUUGGGUCUGCUUAUUCAACCAUUUCUAUCAACCUUGGUCGCUACCAUUGCACCAACAUUCAAAUCAUCACUGAACACACUCAGCUCACUUGCACGUUGCCAUCCGGCAUGACACCAUCAACCGAAUUCUUCCAAGUACAAGUCAACCAAUCAGUUUCCAACGACUACUAUAUCACAAUCCUCAAGGAGUUAACAUCCGAUCCAGAAUGCCCAGACGAUUGCAAUGGGCGCGGUGAAUGCACUGUACUUGGAUGUCAAUGCAAGGUUCCAUGGACUGGUCCAUCAUGCAAAGAAGAGGUGAUUGACACCAAUCCCAAUCCAACCAACCCUACCCAACCAGAGAUUACGACAGACUACAAGAUAUCGAUUAUUGCCAUUCAAGAGUUGGAUAUUGAAGACACUGUCACUGAAAAUCAUAACCUCACAGCUAUUGGAUGGAGUAUGGCAUUGAAUGACACACUCAACGGUCACUGGACAUACAAUGUUUCAUUGGGUAGCAAUCAUUCAACUUUAACAGCCACCUAUGAUUAUAUCAAAGAACAAGGUGGACGUAAUUACACAUUCUCUGGACAACAAUUCACACUCAACCAAUAUUCACUCAAGUUGUCAAUGUCUGUUCAUAAUUGGCCAUUCAAAUCGAAAAUGAAUAGUGUUAGAGUAUUGAUUAAAGUAGAGUCACAAAACACAGAUCCAUGUGCAUCAUCAUCACCACCACCAACAACCCAACCAACACCAUCAUCAGUAUCAACAUUGGUACACAAUGCAUUGAGUGGAAUGUCAUCAAGAUUCCUUUCCAUUGCACAAGUCGACGAUAGAAAUAUCAUUGGUCGUGUCAAUCAAGUUUCAAUCGAUGAUUAUAGUGUUGUCAUUGGUACAUCAUUACCAUAUUUUAAUCAUUAUGGUGCUAUUGAUCCUGAUUUUUCAAUAUUUUUAAGAGUUGAUGAUGGAUCAACAUCAAACAAUGAUAAAUGUGGAGAAACAAAAGACGAUAAUUGGAGAAUAAUAGUUGGUGCUGUGAUUGGAGGUGUUGGUGCUGCUGCCAUUGUGACUGGAUCAGUUAUGUUGAUCAAAAAACAGAGAACGAAAAGGAAUCAAAACAUUGAAUUGAAUCGUAGACUACAAAAAUUAAAUAGAUAA